AUGACACCCCCACCAGGCCUUGAAGAUACUAUAUCUCCGAGAAAGGUGUUGCGACUGAGAAAGGCUACAUACGGGCUAAAACAAUCUCCUAGGGCCUGGUAUCACAAAUUGAGCACCACACUUAUAAACCAUGGCUUUAAGAAGUAUCAUUCAGACACUACUCUCUUUACUCUCCAAAGUGCCAAAGGUAUAGUCGUUGUUCUCAUAUACGUUGAUGAUCUAAUCAUCUUCAGAGACAACCAAGAGGGUAUUAAAGAUAUCAAAGCUCAUUUAAAUUCAGUUUUUGACAUAAAGGAUCUUGGAGAGCUUAAAUACUUUCUUGGGAUUGAAGUAUGUCGCUCUCCGGAGGGCGUAUUUCUAUCACAACGAAAGUAUACUCUUGAUUUAUUGUGUGAGACAGGGAAGCUACGAGCCAAACCUAUAGACACACCACUUCUAGAUGGAUAUCAAGUUGAGAGAAUGGGGGAGAGACAUGAUCCACCAUACGAAGAUCCUUUUGGCUACCGCCGACUUGUAUGUAAGCUAAUUUACUUAACUCUCACCAGACCUGACAUUUGCUAUGCUGUGAAUCAGGUAAGUCAAUACAUGAAAGCUCCCACAACAUAUCAUUGGAGUCUUUUGGAGAGAAUUCUCCAUUAUCUUAAAGGAAGCCCUGGACAAGGCAUUUGGAUGGGAAAGAACUCUAAUACUGACCUUGUGGGAUACUGCGACGCAGACUGGGGUGGUGAUAAAACAGAUAGAAGAUCUGUAACGGGCUACUGUACAUUCAUCAAAGGUAACCUUGUCACAUGGAAGACAAAGAAGCAAAAGGUAGUAUCAAUGUCCAGUGCAGAAUCAGAAUAUCCUGCAAUGAGGAAGUUCACAACCGAACUUACAUGGCUCAAGGCUUUGCUCGAAGAUCUUCAUAUCAAGACAACUACUCCCAUUCCUAUGCACUGUGACAAUCAAGCAGCCAUACACAUUGCAACCAACUCAGUGUUUCAUGAGAGAACCAAACACAUUGAGUUAGACUGCCACAAAGUUAGAGAGAAGAUUGAAGAAGGUGUUACUCUUCCAUAUUUUACACCAAGCAAGGAUCAGCUCGCUGAUAUAUUCACCAAGGCUGCAAGUCGCCAAGUAUGCUCCCAUAUCUUUAGCAAACUAGGACUUGUGGACUUGACUCAUCCGUGA